AUGUCGUCUCGGGCGCUACGAAAGCUGCAGAAGCAGCGCGAGCAGGAGGCGCAGCGAGCCGCCCUGCAGGCACAAGACCAGGCCAGCGAAUCUAGCGACGAAGGCCCCGAAACGUUUGCGCCGAAGCCCAAACUCAACGCCUUCGAUUUGCUCAACACCCCUGAUGAAGAUGAACAACAAUCAGAUGAUGAAGGCCCUGCCGAGACAGCUCCUGAACCCUCUGCAGCCACCGUUACGACCACGAAACCCAGUGGGCCAAAGAAGAAGAAGAAAAAGAAGAAGAAGGCACCGAAAGAGCCUGCUACACCUGCAGCGGCUGAAGAGAAAGAACUAGACGAGAUCGACCGUGCUCUGAGAGAGUUGUCGACUACCCAUAGUCCUUCAACGACUGCGGAUGGCCUUUCCCAGACGACCCCGGCGGGCCGGGAUAGUCAGUAUGCAAAAUUACCUGAAGAACUCCUUGCGAUAGAUCCGAAAUCUCUUAACGCUAUAAAUGAGAUGCGGAAACUGUUCGGUAACAUUGUUCUCGAGUCGUUCGAUCAGCCUGAAAGUGGCGGUUCUGGGCGCCGAAGGGAAAGGCAAAGAGAAAUGAUCGAUUUGGGCAGGGCCUUGACUGGACGCUAUAGUCCUGCCAGCAGAGGGCAGAGUCUUGCUGGAGUGACGCUGCGAAAGAAUAUACUUAUGCAAGGAAAGGAUGAGUGGCCUCGAGCACCCAGUGGAGGACUUGGAAUGGAGCUUGUGGAGAAGCUUCCGACGGGGCACAACGUGUACCGGAUUGUGCAUAACGCCGCCUACCGCGAUGUCCAGAUGCAGUUCGAUAUGUGUGUGGAAUCGAUGGAUCCACAGAGGUUGAUUCAUCACUUACAGUAUAACCCUUACCAUAUCUCCACUUUGCUUCAAGUUUCGGAGAUAGCAAAACACCAAGGUGAUCAUGCUGUCUCUGCGGACCUCCUGGAACGAGCAUUGUUUAAUAUAGGGCGCUCUGCGCAUUCCUCUUUUGGGAACAAACUGAAAGAAGGGAAGGCGAAGCUUGAUUUUAUCCACAUGGAAAAUCGAGAGCUAUGGCUGGUGGGGUGGCGAUAUAUUGCUAAUCUGGGAAUGAAGGGGACGUGGAGGACAGCAUAUGAGUGGGCAAAGCUGCUGCUCAGUCUAGAUACCAAGGAUCCGUAUUGCAUGAGACUCUUGAUCGAUCACCUGGCACUCCGAGGCAGACAGUACGAGCAUUUCAUCGAAUUAUGCACAAAGACCGUGUUCAGGGACGAAUGGGAGCAGUUCCCCAACAUCCACUGCUCUCUGGCAUUGGCAUACUUCCGCUUGAAUAAGCCGAAAGAAGCCCGUGAACAGCUGCGCCGAGCUAUGUCGCGGUACCCCUGGAUUUUCUGCAGAUUGGCACAGGAACUGGACAUCCAGUCAAUUCCCAGGCGCAUCUGGGGCAAGAUGCCUCCAGCGCAGUCCCAUGAGCUCCUGACUGAGCUCUACAUAUCUCGCACCAAGGACCUGUGGAACAGCCCCGAAGUGGUUUCUCUGAUUGUGGAAAUCGCCGAUACGCUUCCCGAGAAGGAGGAGCCGGUAGAGCCUCCGGAGAUCACGCUUGACAUUGCGCGCCAUGUCGUGCUCUCUGAUAUUCCCAAAGUCACCACUCAUCUUCCUACCCGCUUUACAUCUGGACGGAUAUCCGCAUCAGAUCCGCUUCCUCCGUAUGAUUCUGAAGCCUUCCGUCAACAGUCAGACCCAACACCAUCCUACCUCUCCCGAAUUCCAGAGUUUGGAAGACCUCAAUGGUUACGUGACUUCCUGGAACGGCUCAAUAAUGGAAUGGGAGGGCCAGAAAUCCCGCGUUUCCCCGGCGACGCUGACACGGACUUGAGCGAUGAGGAUAUUCUGCCCGAGUUGGAAUCUGAUCCUGAAGCUGGUGCGGAUUCUCGAUCGGCGCACCAGCCUCCAUCUGGAGACGACCAGGCCAUGCUCGAGCAAUGGCUUUUAGGACAAGGUCUCCGGUCCUUGCAUGAGUUCCUUCGUCAGUACGGCAUCGAUCGUGGAAAUUGGGGAGAGGCAGUUGGCUUUACUCCGCUGGAGGCAUACGUGGAUGCCCUCAGCGCUAUUCGAUCAGAGUCAACCAGGCAGCGCCUGUUGAAUGGGCCGAUUAGAGAAACUCUUGGUGAUAUUGCGGUUGAGAUUCUCCAAGACGAAUUGCAAAUGCUCGAGGAGGAUGUUUGA